AUGAGCAAGGUCCGUCGUCGUGUGUUGGGUAUGGAUAGUCGUUCCCUAACAGAAUUAAUCGCUCCACAUCGCCUCCGAUGGCUUGGUCACCUAUUGCGUGUGCUUCCCCAUCGACUACCUUUCCGUGCUGUCUUUGCACGUGUCGGGCAUGGCUGGAAGAAGCGCCGCGGUGGUCAGAUCGUGACUUGGCAUAGAGGCAUGUGGAAGCUGACUUCAGAUUUGGCAUCGAUUGGUGCAGUCCGACAGACGCUACGAGAUAUGGCCCAGAAUGGAAGUUUCUGUUAUCCCAAUUACCUAUCUUUUUCUAUUCUAACUGUGGCGCAACAUCGUCGUCGACGAGCCAAAGCUUUACUGGACUUCACACGCCACGAACCGGAUGAGUUGGGAUUCCGCAAGAACGAUAUCAUCACUAUCAUCAACUCGGAAGAUGAGCAUUGUUGGGUCGGUGAGUUGAACGGUCUACGCGGUUGGUUUCCGGCCAAAUUUGUCGAGCUUUUGGAUGAACGUGGAAAAAACUAUUCUCCAGCAGGAGAUGAUGGUGUAGAUCAAAGAAUUGUUCAGUUGGUCCGAGGACACUUCUGUAAUGCACUCGGGGCUGUGUUCACACACGGGCUCAAACGACCACGCCUGUUAGGUGAGUCCGGCUGUCAUCCGUGGCAUUUUAUCGAGGAAGCCGCCGCGAAGGAGGUCGAACGGGAUUUCAACUCAGUCUAUUCCCGCCUAGUUUUGUGCAAAACAUUUCGUCUGGACGAAGAAGGAAAAGUUCUUAGUCCGGAAGAGGUUCUCUAUCGGGUAAGCAUGUUUUUGAUAACUGUCAUUUAUAGGCUGCAUUCACGGAAUGAACAAUUGCUCCACAUGUGGUUAGAAACGUUGUGCUCCUCGGUCAAAGUGAUCGAGAAAUGGUAUCAUCCCUGGUCGUAUUUGCGAAGCCCCGGUUGGGUCCAAAUCAAAUGCGAGCUACGUUUGAUGGAUUAUUAUUAUUACACACUUUUUUGUGAUGACCAGCAAAUUGGGGAAAGCCCUCUAGUCACGGAGGCCUGCUGUUCCGUGGUGGAAUCCGGUGGCCUAAGCCCCAAUAGGUUAGGCAUUGUAUUGGACCGAAUGACAACAAAGAUGCUCACCACCAAAGUUGAGUGGCGGUGA